GAAGUUGUAUAAAUACAGCUCCACAGCUGCCUUCGAUCUCAUUUCACAGCGACAAAUAUUAACGACUUUUCACAAGUCUUCGUUCUCACCGGAGUGACCAGAAAGCAGUUGAAUCUUAAAGAAACAAGGUGUUGGUGAAUCAAUCAUUAUGUCGUUUGCACCAAUGAUGACAAUAUUGGCCGCUGUGAUUUGCGUGCAGUGUGUAACUUACGUAUCUGCAGUGCCGUUAUUGCAGAUUCCGAAAGACGAGUCGGCAGUUCGGGUGAUGUAUCAAAAUGGGCCCGUGGAGCCCAAUAGGAUCGUGGACUUGGUGAAUUUGAUGAACAGCAUGCAGUUGAAUGACGCUUCGUCUUGUGCAUGUUCAGACAAGACAUGUGGAUGUUGUCAGCAAAUUAAGAUCAAGGAAUUGGACAUUAACUCCCAAGCUUGUGUGAACGUAACAUUCCUCUCCACGCAGCUUGGUGUUAAGUUGAGUCUCUCUGUGGGUGGAAAAGUCCUCUUCGACAAAACGGUGUCAAUCAAAAAUCCAGGUCCAGUCUGCGUGAAAUUGGGCGAAAACAAAUUCGGUGCCGAGUUGUGUGUUGAGCUGUACAACAUUGCCGUGUCGUUGGCGGACAUGCAAGCCUGUGCCCGCCUAGAGGGCAAGGUGUUCAGUAAGACUGUUGCAACGGUGGACUUGGGAUGUUUCAAGAUACCAUUCAAAGCAUCAGAGUUGCUGGGGGCAGGCCAUGCACUGGACUUGACCAACUUGCUGAACAGCAUGCAGUUGAAUGACGCUUCGUCUUGUGCAUGUUCAGACAAGACAUGUGGAUGUUGUCAGCAAAUUAAGAUCAAGGAAUUGGACAUUAACUCCCAAGCUUGUGUGAACGUAACAUUCCUCUCCACGCAGCUUGGUGUUAAGUUGAGUCUCUCUGUGGGUGGAAAAGUCCUCUUCGACAAAACGGUGUCAAUCAAAAAUCCAGGUCCAGUCUGCGUGAAAUUGGGCGAAAACAAAUUCGGUGCCGAGUUGUGUGUUGAGCUGUACAACAUUGCCGUGUCGUUGGCGGACAUGCAAGCCUGUGCCCGCCUAGAGGGCAAGGUGUUCAGUAAGACUGUUGCAACGGUGGACUUGGGAUGUUUCAAGAUACCAUUCAAAGCAUCAGAGUUGCUGGGGGCAGGCCAUGCACUGGACUUGACCAACUUGCUGAACAGCAUGCAGUUGAAUGACGCUUCGUCUUGUGCAUGUUCAGACAAGACAUGUGGAUGUUGUCAGCAAAUUAAGAUCAAGGAAUUGGACAUUAACUCCCAAGCUUGUGUGAACGUAACAUUCCUCUCCACGCAGCUUGGUGUUAAGUUGAGUCUCUCUGUGGGUGGAAAAGUCCUCUUCGACAAAACGGUGUCAAUCAAAAAUCCAGGUCCAGUCUGCGUGAAAUUGGGCGAAAACAAAUUCGGUGCCGAGUUGUGUGUUGAGCUGUACAACAUUGCCGUGUCGUUGGCGGACAUGCAAGCCUGUGCCCGCCUAGAGGGCAAGGUGUUCAGUAAGACUGUUGCAACGGUGGACUUGGGAUGUUUCAAGAUACCAUUCAAAGCAUCAGAGUUGCUGGGGGCAGGCCAUGCACUGGACUUGACCAACUUGCUGAACAGCAUGCAGUUGAAUGACGCUUCGUCUUGUGCAUGUUCAGACAAGACAUGUGGAUGUUGUCAGCAAAUUAAGAUCAAGGAAUUGGACAUUAACUCCCAAGCUUGUGUGAACGUAACAUUCCUCUCCACGCAGCUUGGUGUUAAGUUGAGUCUCUCUGUGGGUGGAAAAGUCCUCUUCGACAAAACGGUGUCAAUCAAAAAUCCAGGUCCAGUCUGCGUGAAAUUGGGCGAAAACAAAUUCGGUGCCGAGUUGUGUGUUGAGCUGUACAACAUUGCCGUGUCGUUGGCGGACAUGCAAGCCUGUGCCCGCCUAGAGGGCAAGGUGUUCAGUAAGACUGUUGCAACGGUGGACUUGGGAUGUUUCAAGAUACCAUUUAAAGUUAACCCAGAUCCGGUCUGCAUGAAACUGGGCGAGAACGAAUAUGGUGACAAAUUGUGUGUUCAAUUUCACCAGGUUACCGACACACGAUUUCAUGUUUCGGGAUGCGUGGAUCUGGGCGUUAAUGCCUUGAGUGCUGGGUUGUGUAUUGGAUUAGACGUUACCUUGUCAUCGAAGGACGUGGAGCUAUGUAUCCCCUUAGAGGUCAACGUGGCUGGUGUUACUAUCGUAACGGUGAACUUGGCAUGUUUCAGGAUACCAUUUAAAACAUCAGAGUUGCUGGGGGCAGGCCAUGCACUGGACUGGACACACUUGAUGAACAGCAUGCAGUUGAAUGACGCCUCGUCUUGUGCAUGUUCAGACAAGACAUGUGGAUGUUGUCAGCAAAUUAAGAUCAAGGAAUUGCACAUUCAUUCCAAAGCUUGUGUGAACGUAACAUUCCUCUCCACGCAGCUUGGUGUAAAGUUGAGUCUCUCUGUGGGUGGAAAAGUCCUCUUCAAAAAAACGGUGUCAAUCAAAAAUCCGGGUCCAGUCUGCGUUAAUCUGGGCGAAAGCAAUUUCGGUGCCAAGUUGUGUGUUGAACUGUACAACAUUGCCGUGUCGUUGGCGGACAUGCAAGCCUGUGUCCGCCUAGAGGGCAAGGUGUUAAGUAAGACUGUUGCAAAGGUGGACUUGGGAUGUUUCAAGAUACCAUUCAAAGCAUCAGAGUUGCUGGGGGCAGGCCAUGCACUGGACUGGACACACUUGAUGAACAGCAUGCAGUUGAAUGACGCCUCGUCUUGUGCAUGUUCAGACAAGACAUGUGGAUGUUGUCAGCAAAUUAAGAUCAAGGAAUUGCACAUUCAUUCCAAAGCUUGUGUGAACGUAACAUUCCUCUCCACGCAGCUUGGUGUAAAGUUGAGUCUCUCUGUGGGUGGAAAAGUCCUCUUCAAAAAAACGGUGUCAAUCAAAAAUCCGGGUCCAGUCUGCGUUAAUCUGGGCGAAAGCAAUUUCGGUGCCAAGUUGUGUGUUGAACUGUACAACAUUGCCGUGUCGUUGGCGGACAUGCAAGCCUGUGUCCGCCUAGAGGGCAAGGUGUUAAGUAAGACUGUUGCAAAGGUGGACUUGGGAUGUUUCAAGAUACCAUUCAAAGGAAGCAACACAUUGGAGAUUCCCAUUAGCCAAGAGGUAGGAAAUCAGUGAAUAACCAAUUGCACCUACCCAUCAGUAAGAGGAGCAGAAAUGUGCCGGAGAUCCUGGAAAUAUUAUUAACUUUGUAUUACUAUUACAUAGAUCAAAUUAAAUGUAAACUUUAAA